AUGUACGGAAAUGGGUUCCCGGAGAUUCACAAAGAGACGUCAGCCAGUCAAACCGUCCACUCCAACGGCCAGGACUGCCCUUGGUACGAAGAAACCAUCGAUGAUGAUCUCAAGUGGUCUUUUGCCCUUAACAGUGUACUCCAUAAAGGAACUAGUGAGUACCAAGAUAUUGCUCUCCUGGACACCAAACGCCCGAAAACGGUGUUUAUAAUGGGAGGAGGUGAAGGCUCUGCAGCAAGAGAAAUACUAAAACAUAAGACCAUCGAUAAAGUGGUUAUGUGUGAUAUUGAUCAGGAAGUUGUUGAGUUUUGCAAGAAAUUUCUUACAGUUAACAGCGAAGCUUUUUCUAGCAAGAAGCUUGGACUUGUGAUCAAAGAUGCAAAGGCUGAAUUGGAGAAACGAGAAGAGAAGUUUGAUAUAAUAGUUGGAGAUUUAGCGGAUCCAGUGGAAGGUGGACCAUGUUAUCAGCUCUACACCAGAUCUUUCUAUCAAAACAUUCUGAAACCAAAGCUUAAUCCCAAUGGCAUUUUUGUGACCCAGGCUGGACCAGCAGGGAUAUUUACACAUAAGGAAGUCUUCACAACAAUCUACAGCACCAUGAAGCAAGUCUUCAAAUACGUGAAGGCUUACACAGCACACGUCCCGUCAUUUGCUGACACAUGGGGAUGGGUUAUGGCAUCAGACCAAGAGUUUGAAGUUGAAGUUAGUGACAUUGAUCGAAGAAUCGAAGAAAGAGUUACAGGAGAGUUGAUGUAUUUUGACGCUUCUUCUUUCCUUUCUGCUGCUUCUCUUAACAAGACCAUCUCCCUCGCGCUUGAGAAAGAGACGGAAGUUUAUAGCGAAGAGAAUGCGAGAUUCAUUCAUGGUCAUGGUGUUGCGUACCCGCAUACUUAA